UUGUUGGCCCGCACAGUCGUCGCCCGGCCGGCCUUCGUUAAUUUAUGCUUGCGCUUCUCUUUAGUUGCUUUGCAAGUCUCGUGCUGUUUGAUCGUUGAAGCGCGCGUAAUUUUCAGAAAGGAAAUCGUCAUCAGAGAAGACGAAAAAAGCAUCAGCAGCACUGCGGCAGCAUCAACGUACAUACGUCACUUCGUCGUCGUGGUCGCGUUUCUUCUUUCUUUUUCUGAUUCGGUGUUUAUUGUCCGUCGGAAAUCAUACAUGCUUGGCAGUGAUUCCAGUGAUUUAAAAUUUUCUGCGGUUUUCCCCGCAAAAGUUUUGUGUGCAACCUUUUCACUCAACUGAUGAGUAGUUUUUUAACUAAACGAAGUGGUGCAGUGAAAUUUAUCAAUAAUUAGUUUCUAAGCAAAUUUGACCUCAAAAUGGAUAUGUCAAGCGCCAAUUCAUUGCGACCCUUGUUCGCUGGUUAUCCUUUUCAAGGCCAGGGUCGCGUCAACCAACUUGGAGGAGUCUUCAUUAACGGCCGCCCGUUGCCCAAUCACAUACGCUUGAAAAUUGUCGAAAUGGCGGCCAGUGGCGUGCGACCUUGUGUUAUCUCCCGCCAACUUCGUGUAUCGCAUGGAUGUGUCUCCAAGAUCCUUAAUCGCUAUCAGGAGACGGGCUCAAUACGUCCCGGUGUUAUAGGCGGUUCGAAGCCCAAGGUUACUUCGCCGGAAAUUGAAACGCGCAUCGAUGAACUGCGUAAGGAGAAUCCCGGCAUUUUCAGUUGGGAAAUACGCGAAAAACUGAUCAAGGAGGGCUUUGCGGAUCCACCGUCAACAUCAUCGAUCAGUCGGCUAUUAAGGGGCAAUGAUCGAAGCAGCGAAGAUGGACGUAAGGACUAUACCAUACAUGGUCUUCUGGGCAGCCGCGACUCGGACAUUAGUGAUACAGAAUCGGAGCCUGGGAUUCCAUUGAAACGUAAACAGCGUCGAUCGCGCACCACUUUCACAGCGGAACAAUUGGAAGCCUUGGAAAGAGCAUUUGCCCGCACUCAGUAUCCAGAUGUCUAUACCAGAGAGGAAUUGGCCCAGACAACGGCCCUAACAGAGGCUCGCAUCCAAGUGUGGUUCUCCAAUCGCAGGGCACGUCUGCGCAAACAUUCCGGCGGCUCAUCGUCUGGUCUCUCACCCAUGAAUAGCAGUGGCAGCGGCGGCGGCGGCGUUGGAGGAGGAGUUAGUGGUUUGGGUGGCUCUGCAGCAACUGCUCCUCUCGGCUUUGGGCCACUCGGAGUGGGUGUGGGGGUGGGUUCAAUGGCUGGUUAUAGCCCGGCAGCUGGCACAACUGCCAGUGGAGCGGGAAUGGGUGAAAUCGGUGGCGGUAGCCAUCAUUCUGCCCAUCAUACAGCACAUGCCCCAGCCUCACAUCAUAGUGCAGCGGCGGCCGCAGCGGCUGCUCAUCAUCAUACCCAAAUGGGUGGCUAUGAUUUGGUCCAGAGUGCGGCGCAACAUGGUUUUCCUGGUGGCUUUGCUCAGCCCGGACAUUUUAGCAGUCAGAAUUACUAUCAUCAAGACUACUCAAAGCUAAGCAUUGAUGACUUCUCCAAGCUAACAGCGGACAGUGUAUCAAAGAUUUCGCCAUCUUUGCAUUUGACCGAAAACUAUCCAAAGCUAGAAUCACCAUCCAAUUGGUCACAGGCUGCCUACCAUCUUAACCAAACCGCUGUGGCGGCGGCCAACUAUAAUGCCCAUGUGGCCCAACAUCAAUUGAAUGACUAUGCAGCGGCAGCGGCACAUGGAAAUGUGGCAGCCGCCUAUAAUCACCCGCUGCCGGCGCAGGGUCAAGCCAAGUACUGGAGCUAAAGGUGCAGUUAAUUAACCUGACUUUCCGCCAAUUCCCCCCAUCACCCUCUUUUCUAACAAAAACACGACUUUCAAUUAUCGCAAAUGCAAUGCAAAAUCUGUAAAAACAAAAAGCCAAUUGCCCAACCUAUGGCUAUAUAAUUUCACAUUACAUCUCGCCUACUGCCGAGGUCUAUAGUGUCUUUUUAGAGUCUAGACAUUAAACGGCACAUUAAGGUGCUCGGGCCGUAAUUCCAUUUCAAAAAACAAAACAAAACACACACAGACACACUCACACAUCCUGAGAUACAUCCAUUACAUUAGAUGUAAAUAUAUAUCUUAGCAUAUAGUAUAUUUUAAUAU